AGAAAACCGGGUGCACUCGCUUUUCCGAAGGGGCUCGGCAUAUACGCGGGGAGGGGAGGGGUGCUCUCGUUUGGCAAAAGGAUGGCGGAUGUCUUCGAGCUCCGCGCGUCCCCGGCCAAGCGCCUCAAAACCCUAGCUGAGUCUCCGUCUCUGGCUCCCGGCUCCAAGGGCAAGGAGAAGAUGGCGGAGGAGCCCGCGGCCGCCGAGGGAUCCGCCGCUCUGACGGCGACGGAGGAGAAGAUUUGCGGCAUCUGCCUCUCCGACGGCGGCUGGUCGAUCCACGGCCGGAUCGACAGCUGCGACCACUGCUUCUGCUUCAUCUGCAUCAUGGAGUGGGCCAAGGUCGAGUCCCGCUGCCCCAUGUGCAAGCAGCGCUUCCGAUCCAUCCGCCGCCCUCCAGUGCCGGGGAUCUUCGCUUCAGAGCGGGUGGUCGAGGUUCCAGUUCGCGAUCAGGUUUACCAUCCACUGGGCAAUGAAAGUACUGGGAUUUCUGAUCCAUAUGCAAAUGUCAGCUGCAGUGCAUGCCACAAUUCUGCAGAUGAAGAACUUCUCCUACUUUGUGAUUUAUGUGACUCAGCUGCUCACACUUACUGUGUUGGUCUGGGGGCUACUGUACCUGAAGGUGAUUGGUACUGUCCUGAUUGUGCCAUUUCCAGGGAUGAACACUUGAAAUCUCAGUCUGAUACUGAUUCUUUCAAUCAAGAUUCCUACAAAAUCACCCAUGCAGUUCAUGUUUUUGAGCCACCAGUUUCAAUUUUUGAGAUUGUGGCUGAUGAAAGAACUUCUUAUUCGUCACCAAUAUAUUCCACUAUUCAAGUUCCUGAACGACAAAGAAAUGACGGCAGUUCAUCAUCCAGACAUACUUCUUGUAGGGUAACUCAGGGCUCUGUGUCUAAUACAGAGCAGUCAUCAUCCCCUAUUGCACCUGCUGGGGAAACUGUUUCACCUACUCAAGCAAAAAGAGUCGAGCAAGCUGCAAGGACAUUGCGCAGUUGCCGCAAUUUGCAUAGCCGAAUACGUGUGCUACGUGAAAAUUGGAAUGCCCUCCGUGCUGGUUCAUUAGCAUUUUCAUCAAAUUUACUUGGUUAUGGUACCAAGAUCAAUGAAAGAGAACAGAAUAGUGGAAGAUCUGGAUCUGAUUUAUCAGGUCGGCCAGAGCCUUCAGAUCCUGUCCACAAUGGGCAAAUUGCAAAUGUUAAUGCUUCUAGCAAGACACGCAAUAGUGGAUGCACUAGUGAUCUCAAGAAAGCAUGGAAAAUGAUGGAAGUUGCAAAAUCAGCACAUGGAACUCAGAUAACUGACAAAUAUCAUUCCCUAAACUCCUUCAGCAAUAGGAAUGCCUCAAAAGCGGCUGAAGAUCUUCACUAUGGUUUCCUUGUCUCCAAAGGUAGACAUACUGCUCAUAUGGUGUCUGGAAGAGCUGCAUCAGAAGACAACAAAAAUUUCUCUCCCAAGGUACUGUACCAUUAUUUUAUACCCCAACACCAGGAUAAGCAAAUACCAGGAAUGCAGAACACUAAGGUGCAGCAUGUUCGCAGAGGAGAUAUGAAAACACACCUAUCAGGUUACAUGAGUCUAUCAUCUGUGAAACAAGAUCGGCCAGUGCAUCAAGAUGGUCUGUGUGAUGGAAAGAGUAGGCUGGCAUCUCAGCAGGCCAUGCAUGAAGUAUCAGUGCCAUUUGAUACAAGGGAAACUCCAGUUUGCCCAGGUUCAUUUGCUUGUUCACCUUCUGGAGCUUCCAUUCUAUCAUUCAACAAGCCUGGUGAAUUCUCUUCCUGCAUGGAGCCCCAUGAUAGAAAACAAGGUUUGGGUACAAAUUCUGGUGAAAGUUUGUCUAGAAAAUUCGACAUGGUAAACAGCAAUGUCAUGGGUAAGGUUGAAUCAGUUGUCAAGCUCAACAUGAAGUUGCCGAGCAAAGACCAACAUGUGGGGAAUGGGAAGCUUGGUGCAGGCACAUUUGCUGAUAAAAGAUCAUCAAGAAGAAGUGACAACGCAAAUAACAAUGCCAAGAGUGACAUUCAGUCAUUGGUUAAGCUCAACCUGAAGUUGCUAAGCAAAGAUCAACAUUUAGUGAUCAGGUACCAUCCAAUCCCUGAAGAUGACAUAGGGUGUUUCUGAAACAAGACAUUGGCAAAAGGCAGGGGAUAUCCCCUGAGGAAUUACAAACGCUCACAGAAAUAUCCUCUUGCAUUUGCCUGGGCGCUAGCACACAUAUCAUAGGGAUAGAAAGAUGUCCAUUCCAUUCUUUCAUCCAAGUUGCAGACCAGAUUCAACAGAAAAUAGGUUCUUCUUUGGUUAAAUGCUUUUUACCAUGAAUGUAUGGUGAUGAUUUUGAUUGGCAAGUUCUCACGCUACCUGCUACACAUGCUAGUCCUAAUCUGACCUUGUCAUGUAGUCUCAAAAGUUGGUUUUCCAAGUAAUGCCCAUAUAUCCUAAAUUGCGUACCUAUAUAAAAAUUUGAUAGGACUUAAGAAAGCUGACAAGUAAAGGGACAAAGGUCCCCUAAUUGCUAGACUAAGGAGUUAUGGUGAAAAUUGUAUUGCAUUGCUAAUUAUUCCAUCUGAUUAAUAUGCAUGAUUUAUGACUAUCCUUUCUAAGAUGGUUAGCAGUUGUAUGAAGUGCAGUGACACAGGUUUUCCUAUGUUUCUGGAAAGGGAAUAUUGUAAAGGUGGCCAUAGAGUGACUGCAAUCUUUUCUUUUAGAUAUGGAAUGAUGAAUUGGACUAGUAGCUUGUGAAUAUACAAUGACUUUCAUUUCAGUAAUGCUGGCAUAUAAGCUCUUUAUAUCUGUUUUAGCACAGCUUUUCUAAUUAAAAUUGAAAAAAAUGAUUAUAUUUAAUUAGGAAAAAAAGCUGUGACUGUACUGUCAUAUCUUGUCUUAUUGCAAUAUCAAUGGUUUAUUAAAUUUUACAUUUUUCAAAUUGAGUUGUUAAGGCCUAAUGCAGAUGAAUCAAUUUGCUAUCCUGAUCUGGCAGCCUGGAUGUAUUUGGUGCUCCUUUGAUACAACAAAUUCAGUGUCUUGAUUAUUCAUACUUUGUUCGCACAUAUUGAGUCUCUCCAAAUGUUGUUUUCCUUGAAACAGAUGAUUUUCACCCCUCUUACUGCUUCGAUAUAUGAUUGAAA